UUACUUGGCGCGCACAGCUUUGCAUCGAAAUCUGAAAACUUUAUUCCGUUCUGCUUUGUCUCCGGGACUUAUUCUAUUUUUUUUAUAUCGCGUCCUGACCCCGAAUUCCCUGAAACCUAGCCUAAACGUGCAGAGUAAAGAAGUAACAAGAAUACUUCAUAAAGUAAAACUCCGCUUGGUUAUUCGUGGAACUGUUGAAAGCUGAGUGCGCCGCUACGGUAAAUUUGUGCGCCCCUUUGAACGUCAGCCAUGUUUCGCAGCAAUCUGGAAGGCAACGCCGCAUCCGUGAGUGCCCCCCAUACCGGGUGGGAAUAUUCCCCCGCUGACGAUGCUCCUUUCCAGGACAACUUUGCUGCUUUCCACAGCAGAGGAGGACUCAACUUGCUGGGUCUGCAGAACAUCUAUUUGGACACCAGUGGCGGAGGAAACAGCAGCCUGCCGCCCACCCCGUCCAUUUCGUCGGCCUCGCUCAGUCCGCCAAGUACCCCCCUGACACCGCUGACCCCCGAACCGACUGCGCAGACGACGCACUUCCCUCUGCUGGCUGACAGCGCCGCCGCGGCCAAUACUUUACUGCUCCAGCGGCAGUACCACUACCAUCUGCUGCUCCAGCAACAGCAACAACAACUGGCUUUGGCGCAGCACCAGUUGGCGCUGGCGGCAUCGGCGGCGGCUGCCAAUGCAAAUCACCAACAGCAGGACGAGAUUGCUCGAUCUUUAAAAAGAUUCGCACAUUUGACCCCGGGCGCAGCAGAAGACGCGGCUUGCACCAUGCAGGAUGCGAUGCAGGAGUUUGCGACCAACGGCUAUGUGAGCGACGACAUCAACCGCUUCUCGUACGCCACUACUCCGCCGGCCGCCCAGACGCCACCUCCGGCGGUGCAGCAGCAGCAGCAACAACAGCAGCAGCAGCAGCAGAUGCACCUGCCCCUUGGGCGCAAUCCCCAGCCGCCGGCCAAUGGGAUUGUGAUGCCGCUAUCGGCACCACUCACCGCCCACUGGCUGCAAACCUACAGGGAGCAGCUGAACAAUGUAUGGCGUCACAUGUCCUAUAUGCCUGUCGCUACCAGCGUAUCGGGACUACAAGCACAGGCCACGGCACCCAUGUCUCCCCAUUUAGGGGUGGGAGUGAAUCUGGGAUUGCCACUGCAGCCGGAACAAGUGCGGAACGGAAGUAGCCUCAAUACCAACAAUGCGAACAAGAUGCACAAGCGCUUUAACAACAAGGCCAAAGAGAUCAGCCGCCACUGCGUGUUCUGUGAGAACAAUAACGAGCCGGAGGCGGUGGUCAAUAGCCACACAGUGCGGGACAGCUUCAACCGAGUGCUGUGCCCAAAAUUGCGCACCUACGUGUGCCCCAUAUGUGGGGCAUCUGGGGACUCGGCACAUACCAUUAAAUACUGCCCCAAGAAGCCGAUUAUUACCAUGGAGGAUGCGAUUAAGGCAGAGUCCUUUCGCUUAACCAAGAGUGGCUACUACAAGCAGCAAAUGAAGGUCUAGAUGCUACGAGCAGUCCAGCAGGAGCAGAGGCUCUGGCAGCUUUUGCAGCGUUUAUAUAAACUGAAAUAUAUAUACGCGUUCCGAUCGAAGCUGGAUGCAGUGCUAGACUUAAUACACAACAACAUAGCGCCUGGCGCGUUCGAUUUUAUAAAGUUUUUAAACUUGUCUCGUGCCUAUAUUUCCAUAGUAUAGUAGUCAUCAACUCAUCACUCAAAGUUUAAGCAAAAAGUAUACAAAAAAAUGUUCGUUUCUGUGAAAAGAAACAAAAAUUUGUAAUAGAAGGUACUCACGAUAU